UCUGGAGCUACGUGAUGCAUGGGCCAGCUACCAGUGUCUAUACCACUGAGGCCAUGACUGAUCUCCUCCAGCUGUCUGCUACCCAUAGUUCCUCAGGGAGAGGCAGGGCUGUGGCCUCAUGAGCUCCUGGCCAUCGAUGGCUGGGCCCAGUCUUGCACAGAUGGAGAGUGUUGAAAGUUGACGGGGCCUCGGCUGUCAGUGGCACUCAGUCUUGGAGAAACUCGGCUUUCGGCAGACAGGCGGGUUAUGCAACAAAACCCAACGUGCUGAGGAUCCAGACUCAGAUCCCCAGCAAUUCCGCCUGUCCGUCUCAGCAAGGCCACGAUGAACCAAGGAAUCUCUUUUAGGCACCUGUUCCUGGCGCUGCAGCUGGCACAACUGGCAGCUGUCUCUCAGGGGAAGACAGUGGUGUUGGGCAAAGAAGGGGCGUCGGCGGAACUGCCCUGCGAAGGUUCGCAGAAGGGCCGCCUCUUCUUCUGGAAGCUCCCUGACCAGACGAGGAUUCUGGGACACCAGAAUAAUUUUUUGACUAAAGGUUCAUUUGAAGGGUCUGACCGUUUUGAUUCAAAAAAAGCUGCAUGGGACAGAGGGUCAUUUCCUCUCCUCAUCAAUAAACUUAAGAUGGAAGACUCAAAGACUUAUAUCUGCGAGGUUGAGAACAAGAAGAUGGAGGUGGAGCUGUGGGUGUACAGAGUGACUGCCAGUCCGGACACCCGCCUGCUGCAGGGGCAGAGUCUGACCCUUACCUUGGAUAGCAGCAAGGUUACUCACCCCUCAAUAGAGUGCGGAGGCCCUAGGAAUAGCAUUGUCAAGGGCUCCAAAACCCUCUCCAUGCCCAACCUGACGAUUCAGCACAGUGGCAUCUGGACCUGCACCGUAACCCAGAGCCAGUACAAGAAUAACUUUGAUAUAAACAUCUCAGUGUUGGGUUUCCAGAAGACAUCUAUCACAGUCUAUAAGAAUGAAGGGGAGCUUGCGGAGUUUUCCUUCCCACUUAACUUUGGAGAAGAAAAUCUGCGGGGGGAGCUGAGGUGGAGGGCAGAGAAGGCCCCCUCCCCACAGCCCUGGAUCACCUUCUCCCUGGAGAAUAAGAAGGUGUCCAUGCAAAAGACCAGGGACAACCUCAAGCCCCAGAUGGAGGAAUCGCUCCCACUCCGCCUCAAGAUACCCCAGGUCUCGCUAGAGAGUGCUGGUUCUGGAAACCUGACUCUAACGCUGGCCAAAGGCACACUGCAUCAGGAAGUGAACCUGGUGGUAAUGAAAUUGGCUCAGAAAGACAACUCUGUGACCUGUGAGGUGAGGGGACCCACGUCCCCCAAGAUGAAGCUGACCCUGAAGCUGGAGAAUCAGGACAAAGUCUCCAGGCAGGAGAAGGUGGUUGAAAUGAAGGACCCUGAGGCAGGCCAGUGGCUGUGUGAACUGAAUGAAGGGGAUGAACUCAAGAUAAGCUCCAAAAUCCAGGUUUCAUCCAGAGGGCUGAAGCAGGACCAGCCAACGUUCCUGGCUCUCGUGCUGGGGGGCAUCUUCAGCUUUCUGACCUUCAUUGGACUCUGCAUCCUCUGCUGUGUCAGGUGCAGGCACCAGCAGCUCCCCCCUCUCCCCCCUCCGAGGGGCACCUCCCUCCUGGAGGACUGGGACCCUCACAACUCCUCUCCUUGUCCCUGGGCAGCGCCAGGCAGAACGGAUGUCUCAGAUCAAGAGGCUCCUGAGUGAGAAGAAGACCUGCCAGUGUCCCCACCGGAUGCAGAAGACUCAGAAUCUCAUUUGAGGCCUGGCCCCACCGGCAGCCCUACAACUGUGCCUUGCCCUGUCUGCUGAGGCCUGUGGACCAGAUGAAUGUAGCAGACGCAGUGCCUCCAGCCUCCGGCCUCCUCUUCCGAAACUGGCCACUGUUUCUCCCCCUCUAUUCCCAAGCUCAAAGUAAGCUUGCUCUCUACUUUCCAGACGAUUAAACACACUGUUUAUCUUUCCCAGCUUCCUUUUCACCAGGACCUCAGCCCUUCUCUGAUUCUUGUUCAGAGCCUCUUUCCGGCUGUCUGUUUGGAUCUAAGGGCAGUGAACAGAAUCAGCCGGGCAUAGAUGGUGGGCUGGCAUAUGGGAACCCACAGCACGCUUUCCAAGAGAGGGCCCUGGGACUGAACUGAGUGGAGGCUUGUGGAGAUCGCACAGCCUUUCGGGGACAGAUGUGGACCCCAAACUGCUGACAUCAGCCUCAGCUUCCUGUGCUGCCUGCUCCUCACUUUGUGUUGGCAAGACUGGGCUCACAUUCUGGCUAGUAUACCAACACACACGCAGGCCACAUGCCCCUGCACAUAGUCACACACUUAUCCGUAGUUAAUGUAUCAGUAUUCCAACAUACACGCAGGCCACAUGCCCCUGCACAUAGCCACACACUUAUCCGUAGUUAAUGUAUCAGCCAGCUUAAUGUCCUUGGUAUUUAACCCUUUCAAAAACCUUACAUGUAGGCAAGUAAAAUGAUUCAGCAGUAAAAGCUCUUGCUGCCAAACCUGAGGAUCUGAGUUCGAUCCCCGAGGAUGGAAGGAGAGAACUGACUCUCAAAAGUUGUCCUCCACUCAUGUGCCGUGCCCUUAUGUACACACACACACACACACACACUCACUCUGAAAUCCUACAAGCUGACAGUGAUGACCAAGAUGGCAGAAAUGGCCAAGCAUCUCCGAUAAAAUGGAACUAAGGUUGAAUGGCUACCCCAGGUGACACAGGUAACUAGCGUGGGUGUCAGGACUAACCCAGGGCUCCUGAUUGCUAGAGCCACUAUCUGUGACACAGGGGUGAAGGGCAGGGAGGUCUCUGGAGCCAGUCACAGGCAUGUGCCUUGUGGGAGCACAGCACCCACAAGACGGCCUGUCUCCAGAUCGCAAGAGGAUAGAGGAGCAAUUCUUGUUUGAAUCCCUCCCUGACCACUGCUGUUUGUGGAUUCCUUUACUGGAGGACAAAAGCCCAGUUCACUUAGAGCAAGGCCAAGAGAACCCACCGUGCAGAGACCUGCCACUCACUGCAUGCAGAGCCCGGACAGUGAGCUAUGCUGAGGGGGUGGUCCUUUGUCCUUUGAUGAGAUCCUCAGCCCUUGCCACGCAUCCAGGGAGACCAGAGUUAUAGUAUUCUCCUGCCAGGCUUGAUCUGUUUCUCUCUGAUUCUCAGCUUUCUAGGCCUCUUUCACUCUCCUGCCUCAGCACCUGCCUUUUUCCUCCCAGCCCAAUUCCUUCCUUUUCUUUCCUGGUGGCCUCUUCCAGAAAGACCCACCCUGCCCUGCCCCUCAGUUGUGCCAGGCUCCUCAUUGAUUACUUUUUAUUCCCAUCCCUGACUCCUGCUUCCUCAGCUGACAGAAAAAUAAAGACUAUAAGUAAAAUGCA